UCAAAAAGCUCCGCGCGGCUUCACCCUUCCUUUCUUUUGCUUACCUCGUGUACGACUCCAUUCGUUACUUUAUUUUUUCUCGUAUCAUAUCGCGUUAACCAUCUCCUAUUUCCCGUCGUAAUAUCAAUGGUGCUACCCUUUCUAUCUGCUCUAUGGCCAUUUUAAGCCCCCUCCUGCGUCGCUUUGUCGUCCUCUGCGUAACCAUCACACUCCUUUACCUCACCUUUCGUCAGCUUAUAAAUCGGGACACUCUCCCGCCUCCAACCACCACAUCGUCUGAUAGAGUACGCUCCCCAGUCAAAUGGAAAGACGUCCCGCUUCGCUACCCCGUCUCUUCCAUCAUCGCAUUGCCAACGGGCACACCUACCUCCAUACCACAGAUACAGCAUCAUUUUGGAGUCGAGACAGAGCACAACAAGGCUGAGAGACUGCACAGGAAGGCAGCAGUCAAAGGUGUGUUUCUACAUUCGUGGAACGGGUACAAAAAGUACGCAUGGUUACAGGAUGAAGUCACUCCGGUAACAGGAGGCUUCAAGAACGGCUUUGGCCAACGCGGCGCAACUUUGGUUGAUACCUUGGAUACACUUAUCAUUAUGGGCCUCGAAGAAGACUUUGCAGAAGCUGUAAAGGCUAUCAAGAAAGUAGAUUUCACGACGUCUUCCCUCCAGCAUAUGAACGUGUUUGAGACGACUAUUAGAUAUCUUGGAGGACUCCUGAGCGCAUACGACCUGAGCCAUUCUAAACAUCACAUCUUGCUAGAUAAGGCUACUGAGCUGGGAGAUAUGCUCUAUGCAGCAUUCGAUACUCCUAACCGGUUACCCAUAACGCGCUGGGACUGGGAGAAUGGUGCUCUCGGCGGCCAACAAGAAGCAGACCCUCAGGCACUCAGCGCUGAGUUAGGAUCUUUGACCCUGGAGUUCACGCGCCUUUCGCAAAUCACCGGAGAACCCAAAUACUACGACGCCGUGCAAAGAAUUACUGACCUACUUGAAAAGCAUCAGAACAAAACGCGGGUGCCAGGGCUGUUCCCAAUCUUGAUCAGUCCCCUUCGCGAAGAGUUUGAUGUUGAUAAGAAGUUCACCUUUAGUGGCAUGUCCGAUUCACUAUACGAAUACUUCCCAAAGCAAUAUAUGCUACUUGGCGGUAGGGUUCAACAGUACAGGAGCCUUUACGAGCAUGCCAUCGACGCAGCGAAGAAGCACAUCUUCUUCCGCCCGAUGAACCCCCAAAAUCAGAAUAUUCUCAUUUCUGGUAACGCGUAUAUCACAGCCGCAGGCUCAGUCAAAACCGAGCCUGAAGGUCAGCAUCUUGGCUGCUUCACUGGCGGCAUGGUCGGCAUCGCUGCUAAGAUUUUCAAUCGCACCGACGAACUGGACAUCGCGCGUCGACUUGUCGAUGGUUGUAUCUGGGCCUACGACUCCAUGCCUACGGGUAUCAUGCCCGAGACGUUUGUAGCAGUUCCUUGCAAUGGCGAGGAGGACUGCAAAUGGCGACCUGAAAAGUGGCACGAGGCAGUCAUAUCAGCGGGUUCCGGCACUUUUGUACGAGAGCUCGACGUUCAGGAUAUUAUCAAAGAAGAUGGGCUGCCCCCUGGUUUCGCAAAGAUUGCUGAUAGGCGAUAUCUGCUCCGCCCCGAGGCUAUCGAAUCUGUCUUCAUACUGUACCGUAUCACCGGCGACCCCGUACUUCAAGAUGUUGCCUGGCGCAUGUUCACUGCCAUCAAUAAUGCGACGGCUGCCGAGUUUGCCAAUUCGGCCAUUGCUGACGUGACGUGUCCACAUGGGCAAGAGACACAAAAGUCGGACGAAUUGUCGUCAUUUUGGACGGGGGAGACGCUAAAAUAUUUUUACCUGAUCUUCAGUGAGCCGGAUGUUGUCAGUCUGGAUGAAUAUGUUUUUAAUACCGAAGCACAUCCCUUGCGCAGGCCGCAGGUGCCGUGAAUGGUUUGCCUGUGUAAAGAGUCGACUGACCAGUGAGGAAUAAAUAGAUGUAUUUAGUUUACGAUCUGCAUCGCAAUCUCAACCAUGAGAAAUUCAUUAAUCUCUUAAUAUCCAAAUGUUAAAUUCAACAUAAACUCCAGGGGUAUCGGUCCGCCUUCCAACGCCUACAUGACCCACGA